GUUGUGCCCUCGUUUGUCAGCACUGUCCCAGCCGUCCAGUUGUCCACAUUUGCAUUGUCCACAGAGCCCGCGAGCUCAUCCGGAUCCUCUCCUUCUGUCAUCCGAACCCGUACCCACCGGGCUGGUGCUUGCUCACUCGCCUCCACCCUCCAGGCCACCGACCCCCCGUCGUCCUCGAUCUCCUCGGCCUGCCCUCGACCUGUCCCUCAUCUACCGUCGCUGCCCUGUCCGUCUCCCUCUUCCGUCAUCUCUCCAGCUGUCCACAGGACCUGCCUACAUGCAUCCUCCUUUCCGCUGAGCGCCAAGAACCUCCCCCGACCAACAGAGCCGUAACGCCAGCCAGCAGCAUCCAUCCUCCUCCCCAUCCUUCUCCAUGAGCCAGAGCCAGACUGACCCUCAGUGUCGCUCUGUAUCCGAUGAGACCAUCUUCGACGCCGUCCCAAUCUCUACCCAUGAGCCCCCAGAGCCCUUGCCUGUCGAUCCCCAACAGGGAUCGCCCGUCGAGUCGGGCCCAGACGACCACGGCCUCGACUGGCGAUUUACACCGCCCACACUGCUCACGCAGAUCCUGAGUCUGACCAUUCCUCUACUCAGCUCUGGUCUUGCUAUUGCCUCGAUUGUGUACCCAGAGUGGGUAGUCAUCACAUACUCUACACCGGAUGAAGAUAUGAGUGCAAACGGCACCGCCUUGCCCACCCCCUCCUUCAGGUUCACCCUCGGACUCUGGCAGAUUUGCAAUGCAUCGGUCCCCAGCUUCAACUCCACCAUCGCCGUGCCCAAAUACGCCUCGCUGGACCUCGACUUUCCCCAAAUAAGCUUCCAGUCUGGCCUGAGCUGCAUUCCGGGCAAUUCCCGCACCCUGGCAACAACCAUAACGUUCCUGUACGGCUGCGGCAUCGUCUUGAUCACCAACCGCACCAUCUUUCUGCUCGCCGUCAUCCUUCUGUUCAUCACCCUCAACAACCGGAUCGGCAACCGAACCAAACCUGUUCUCUCGUCCAAGCUAGCAAUCAGCGUCGUGAUUGCUCUCCUGGUCGUUUCGAUCGUGGUGUCGCUCGUUACCUUUGUGGCCAUUAUCGCGGACAUCAAUACUCACGGGGCCCUCGAGAGCUUUAGCCGCACCGUUGGCCUCUCUGGACAAGUCGCCAUCAUCGGUUUGUCGAUCGAGGCCCUCGUUGCGUUUCUGGGAUAUUCGCUUCUGAUGAAGCGCGUCAAGCGAUACAAGCUAGAAAGAGCCGCCCACGAGGCCCAGGAGAUGAUGUCGAGGGCUGUCACCCAGAUCUUUGGCAAUCCGGCCGCGCUGGCUUCUUCCGUCAACCAGUCGCUUCUGGACGGACAGAUCUCGGCCACGACCAACAAUGCCUCGCCUUCGACCAUGAACUUCCCGUCAAUGACGUACCCAACCAUGACCGAGCCCAUCAUUCAGAUCGGAUAUCCCGAGGCUGUGCCCAUGAUAGCCAUUCGCCCGGCAAACCGCAGCGACGCCUCCGACUCGAUCGCCCACAGCUACCACUCCCAGCCGCCGUCGAUGGGCCGGGUCAGCCACGCCAGUCAAGCCAGCCACUUUACUCACUUUACCCACUUCAAUCGGUCCACAUGCUCGCUCCAGAUCGUCGACUACUCUAGGGUGUCGGACCUUCGCUGGCAAAUGCGCCAGCUGUUUGUCGUGUUCCGACGAAAGUCGCCCCUCCGACGCUUUCACCCAUAUCCACGGGACGACCCGGUUGCCUUUUCCGACACCGUACUGGCUCGGCGGUAUCGCGCCCGCUACAGCAGUGGGACCGUUUCCCUGGGCAGUUAGCGCGGUCUAUCCCCGGCGGUUGAUUCCGCUCCUCAUAUCUACUUUCCCUGUUCCCCUCGCCAACCUUCUCCCAGACGCCGUGCGCUGCCAAUCCCCAAUCCUUCAUUCUAGAUCUGAUGCAUUAAUUAUACCUCUACCCUCCCUCCUCCAAUAACAAAGUACUACGUUGUCACACAC